GAAAUGGUGGUAGCGAAGGGAGUGGGGGAAAAGGAAUCACACAUGAGAGUGUCUUUCUCUGUCUAUUAGUUUUUUUAUCCCGUCGACUCCGCGGAAGGGAAAUCCAAAGUGACCCUAUUUUUUGGUACAGUUUUGUGGGGUUUUGACUAAAGAAAGAGAGAAAGAGAGAGACACCUUGUGCUCUAUCUUCUUUCUUCCUCUUCUUCUACUGUCAUUUUCCGAUAUAUACUCUCGAGGAAAACAAAACCCAAAUCCACUUGUUUUCCUUCACAUACCUCUCUGGAAUAUUUUUAUUUUUUAUUUAAUUCCAUUCACUCACUCUCUCUAUGUGUCUCUCUCUUACCUUUCACCACAUUCACAAUUAAUCUCUUGAGCAUGUUUGUUUUUUGUUAUUGCAAAGACUCGGUGCUCCUUUGUUUCUUAGUUCAAUCUCUCCUCUCUUUCAUCAUCCCUUCUUCAAGUUUGUUCUUUCUUUGAGUUAGCUUUCCAGAUUCUUAUCUUGAGGGAAAGACUGAAAAAAAGAAGAGAGAAGGAGCUGGCUGAGAAGAUCAACAAAAGGAUUAUGCUACACUGUCUGCUCUUAUUGCACUUUUAAUUGCCUUGUGUCUCCUGAGCAGUAUCAAAAUCUGAUAUCAUUUUAAUAAAGGGAAAAGAAAGAAAGGCAUUUGAUAUAAGCAUCAAGCCAUCUCAUAAAGAUGACCUUGGAGGGGAUUUUCAUUGAGCCUACUUCAACCACUGCUCCUGAUCUUUCCCUUCACAUAAGCCCCCCAAGCAUCUCAUCCUCUUCCUUGAUUUCCAAUAACACCACCAAUUAUGAACCCCAACCAAGUUUCCCUUCAAGGAGUACCGUCUCUCAAGCCCACACAGAACUCUCUUUAGGAAGAAAUUUCACUUCAACACCAACACCAACACCAACACAACCACAUAACCCUUAUUACCAAAACCAAACCCCUUUCCAUCAUCUUCACCACAACAACACUACUAGUACUGCUACAACAAGUGGUGUGAAUGUUAUUACAAGUACUAGCACCACUAGUACACCCUUGAAUCACAUAAACUAUGGAGUUUCAUUGCUUGAUGUGUCAUCAUCAGAGGGGUUGAGGCCAAUCAAGGGGAUCCCGGUGUAUCACAACCGUUCAUUCCCUUUCAUGGCCAUGGACCAUGCUAGAGACAAGGAUCAUCACCACCACCCUCACAAGAUGUGCCUAUAUCAUCACAAUCACAUGCCUUCUUCUUAUUCCUCUCUCUCUUGUUCAUGUACUCCUUCUUCUUCACCUUCACCUUACUUUGCAGCGGGUGUGGAUCCCAUGUCCCUCUUGAACAACGGCUCCACCCCGGCCUGUAGGGCCGCCACUGCCACAAGGUUUAAUGGGUUCUCUGGCGAUGCUUUCAAAUCUCAUCCAUUGCACCAAUAUGGAGUUGGCACCUCAGAAGCCUCUUCUGGGUUAAUGAGAUCAAGGUUUUUGCCUAAGCUUCCCAACAAGAGGAGCAUGAGAGCACCAAGAAUGAGGUGGACUAGCACCCUCCAUGCUCGAUUUGUUCAUGCGGUUGAACUUCUUGGUGGCCAUGAAAGGGCUACUCCAAAAUCAGUUCUUGAGCUGAUGGAUGUGAAGGAUCUAACAUUAGCUCAUGUGAAGAGCCAUUUGCAGAUGUAUCGAACUGUUAAGACCACUGACAAGCCUGCAGCUUCUUCAGGCCAAUCAGAUGGGUCUGGAGAGGAUGAGUUGUCUCCGAUUGGUAGCACUGCCGAUCGCGGCAGUCUCCGGCAAUUCCCCAACCACCAAGGGCGGCCGGAGUGGACGGCGCAACAAGACAUGGACUACUCUUCCACCACCACUCUAUGGAGUAAUUCCUCAAGUUGUGGAGAGUCACGGCUAAGAACCAAUUCUAACGACAUAGAUGGUCUCAGAUCACCUAUCCUCCAGUCACAAACAAUAUCAGCAGGGCAUCAAAUUCAGGAGUGUGAUUCAAGUCAACUCAAGAACAGCAUGCCAGGUUCUAAUUUGGAGUGCAAGAACCCGAGCUUGGAAUUCACAUUAGGAAGACCAGAUUGGAAUGGCAAAGAACAAGCCUAGCUAAUUUUGAUUAUUGGUUCCCCUGUUUUCUUUUUUAUUUUGCAUCUAAUUAUUUAUAAACUAUGGUGACAACUUCAUCAUUAUGAAAUGUAGAGGUGGCAUUUAGAUAGAUAUAAUUAAAUUGGUGUCUAGGAGAAGACCCUCCGAAGUUCUACUUAUAUAGCUUCGGAAAGUGUUUUGAGUUUAUGAACAGUUUUGUUUAUAUUUUAUUUUGGAUUUUUAUUGGUGAGUGAGGAUGAGAAACAUCAAGAAAUUAAGAUGUAGCAAGAAGCUAAGGCUUUAUGAACGAAUUCAAAAGGUGAGAUGCAGCAAAUGUAGAAGAUCAAGGAGGGGAAGGAAUAUAGAAAAGUUUUCAGGUUUUGGUUGAA